AUGACGACGACGACGGCGACGGAGCCCGCGUCGCGGUGGCGCGCCGCCGUGGAUGGGUGUCGACAUCGAACGCGCUCGGGAGAGGUGGUUCCGGGCGCGCACGUCGAAGUGAGACGAAGCGAGACGAGGGACGGGAGAGGGGUGUUCGCGCGACGCGCGUUCACGACGGGCGAGUGCGUGCUGAUCGAGGAUCCGCUCGUCGGGGCGCAACACGAGAGUAACAGGCGACACGCGCGCGUGUGCGCGAGAUGUUUUAGGUUCGUCGGCGACGUCUCGAGCGCGAUAGGACGACGAUUGAUGCGCAAAUUCGUCGCACGGGAAGAAGAGGACGGGGCGUCGACGUCGACGCUGCCAGAAGAACUCGUCCUCGGCGACUUGGCGAAGCUCGCGAGCGGUGAGGCCAAGCUUCCCGAAAGCGCUCCGUUCGAUGGACCUCCAGAGUGUCCGUGCGUGGGCGGAUGCGAACGAAACGUGUAUUGCUCGCACGCGUGCGCGAACGAGGCGUGGGCGGGGGAAGAGGCGAUGAUGUGUCCUGGACCGCGCGGGCUCGCUCGCGAUAAACGCGCGCUCGAAGAAUUUUACUCGCACGCUCGAGAGACGAACGACAUUUUCAUCGUCGCCGGGAAAGCCUUGGCGAACAUGUGUCUGCGAGCGUUGGACGCGAAAAAUCGACUCGAAGCGCGAGAUGGGAAAGGCACGCAAAUCUCGGCGGAUGAAUCCGCGGUGGACGCCUACGCGCGCGAGCCAUACGCCGUCGUCGCGAACGCGCCGUGGUGGGAAGCGGUCGCCGCCCCAGAGGAAUGCGACGACGAAGACUCCGAGCGGAAAUUCAGACAAACGCUCCAGACGCUCGCGAGCGAUUCCCUCGAGCUGUUGCGACACGCGUGGAGCGACGCGGCGACGCAGUUUCCCAGUAUUUUCACGCUCGACACGUAUGGGAGGCUCAUCGGCGCGUUUGAGCUCAACAACCUCGAACUCGUCGUCGAGAAUCCAGUCGAGAAUUACUUUCUCGCCGUGGACGAUGCGCCGGAGGGGGAGGCAAAAAACGCCGUCACUCGCAUCACGCAACCACUCCUCGACGCGCUGGACAAAGACUACGACAUCCCGUGCCUUGGGACGGCGCUGUUUUCGGUUCAGAGCGGGUUCAAUCACGACUGCGAUCCAAACGCCGAGCCAAUGAAGGGCGAGCAAGACAUCACAGGCGCGUGCGUCAUCGUGGCGAGAAAAGACAUCGCCGAGGGGGAAGAGAUCACGAUAUCGUAUUUAGACGAUGACAGUAAAUCGCGCGACGAGAGACAAGACGCGCUCGCGGAUUACGGUUUCGUGUGUCGAUGCGCGAGAUGCGAGCAGGAGCUCGCGCUCGCUCGCCGACGUCGAUGA